AUGGAAGGCUCGCCGGAAACGGACGAUGAGGAGCGCGUGCAUCCGCGUGUCAUCAUUCACAUCGACAUGGACUACUAUUACGCGCAGGUCGAGGAAGUGCUCAACCCCUCGCUGAAGGAUCGGCCGUUCGCCGUGAAGCAGCGGUUCUGUGUCGUCACGUCGAACUAUUUGGCACGGGAGCAUGGUGUGCGGAAACUGCAACCGGUCAAGGAAGCGCUCGCCGCCUGCCCCGAGCUGGUGCUGGUGAACGGUGAGGACUUGACCAAGUACAAGGAGAUGUCGGUGAAGAUCAACGAAAUUAUGCACCGCUUUACGCCGCAUGUCGAAAAGCUCGGCUUGGACGAGAACUAUCUCGACGUGACGGAGCUCGUCGCGGAGCGAUUGGAGCUGCUGGACAACGGACAACUUGCCAGUGGCGGGAAGCCAAACGGCGCUGACCGCCCCACACCACCUAUCGUUGGUAUGGUUCAUCCUUCUCCGGCGCAACCUCCACCGCACCCAACGACGAUCGCCGAUGAUCGCGAGGAUUGCUUAUCCUGGUGUGGUGGUUGUCAGUGUGGCUGCGAGCGUCGAUUGGCGCUGGCAACACAUUUAGCGAAGGAGAUACGCGACUGUAUCUACCACGAACUCGGGCUGCGCUGCUGUGCUGGAAUUGCGCACAACAAACUACUCGCCAAGCUGGUCGGUGCGGUCAAUAAACCAAACCAGCAAACCGUGCUGCUACCGUCCACUUCCGGUGGCGCUUUUCUCGCCUCGCUCGGAUGUGUUCGUGCACUUACCGGGAUCGGUGAAAAAACGGCCCAAACGUUGGGAGAGUGCUGCGGUGUUACGACGGUGACCGAGUUGCAGCGGGUAGAGUUGGAGCGGCUUGCCAAACACGUCGGGCAUGAGCAGGCGGUGCGGUUAAAGCAACUGGCGCUGGGUCGCGACGAUACACCGGUCCGACAGACGGGCAAACCGAAAUCGGUUGGCCUGGAGGACUCGUGCCCGGCUAUUUCUGCCCGGGCCGAUGCGGAAGAAAAGUUUCGCCAUCUGCUGGUGCGUUUGGUGAAGAACAUUGCCGACGAUGGGCGCAUCCCGAUUGCGAUCAAGGUGACGGUACGCAAGUUUGAUUCAGCCAAGCGCACCACACACCGAGAGUCGAAACAGGAAAAGCUGCUACCGUCUAUGUUCCGACACGCGGGCGGCAAGCUCGUGCUGGCGGACGGUGCCCAGGAGCGGAUGCUGACCAUCGUGAUGCGCGUGUUCGAGCGGAUGGUCGAUCUGCGGCAACCGUUCAACAUAACGCUGUUGGGGCUGUCGUUUUUCAAGUUCCAGGAGCGACGUGUCGGCAGCAAAUCGAUUGCCAACUUUCUCAUCAAAAAGUCCGACAUUGAGGUGCAGUCGAUCACGAAUCUAAGCAACGAAUCGAUCACGCUCAGUGACGUCAGCUUCAGUUCGAACAAAUCCUUCACCGCGAUGGACUGUGAAUCGUACUUCGGUGGUGGUGGUGGUGGUGGCUCCUCUGAUGCAGGCUCGCUUGCAUCCCUGUCCGGGUCCGAGUCGGAUGUGGAACCAUCGCCGAAGAAAUCGCGCCGUCUACUGUUUCAGACUCGCCGUUGCAAAGAUCGUCGCGAAGAUGAAAGCACUCUCAGCAAGCUCCGGGUGGCGGAUCUUCGUUUGAAUUCCAAAGAGUACGAUCACGAACUACCAUCACCACCGGUUAGCACGUCCGCGCUGGUAAUUGCUGCAGGAAGCUCCACAGUAACCUCACUAUCGCCAACGUCGACGUCAUCACCCAGUAACGUCUCCGCGAGCUGUUCCUCGCCGAUAGAUUCGCCGAUGGAAGUUUCUCCGAGUGGGAACCAAUCAUCAACCCAGCAACAGCUACCACUGCAAGAUUCAUUCUUUCGUGAUCGCCACUACCCGGUCCUACCAAGCGCCCAGGUAGAAUUCAUAGAACAAAUUCCGCUCAACAACCAUGUCCAGCACAGUAAAAGUACAAACAUGCUUCCUCCGAACGUGGAUCGGGAAGUGUUCCACGCCCUUCCGGCCGACGUUCAGCACGAGCUGCUCAGCAACUGGAGGCGAGCAAUGGGUCCUGCGGUCACUGGUAGUGGCAGUAGCGGCAAUAGUGGCAGCAGUAGCAUCAUCGGUGGAGGACAUGCCAACACCAGCCCCGGGGGCAGCAGUAGUGGUAGUAGUAGCAACGUAACGGGUGCAAGUGCCAGCGGUAGUGCGGUCGGGGCCAAUGCCACCGGCACGGCAACUGGUGCCAGCAAGGCUGGCACUAAAAACACCCUUCAUCGCUACUUCGUUAAAAACACGUAGCAUAUCUCGUUAUCUCGUUAUAUUCUAUAUCGUGAAAAAGUUUCCGGUUGCCGAGUUCAUCUCAAUUUGCUUCCGGAUUCCGCUUCGAGGCGGCGAUCGGUUUGUGGAUUUUUGAUUUUGUUUUUGGUUCUUGUUCACUUUUAAUUGUUUUUAACAUAUUUUGUUUCGCAACAUUCUCGAUGAAAGGAUCGGUAAAAUAGCUACGUAGCACGUAUUUCGGGACUCGUGCCCUCGGUUGUUUAGGACAACCUUCCGACCAAAACUAAAAGUGCACACUCUUCGCCUGUCCAUUCUCGCGCGCUAAUGUCUUUGUUUCAAGCUCUAAUUUUAGGAAUUUUAGUUCUCCUUACAUUUGUAUAUACUCCCAAAAUUACGUCACACGAGUAUCAUUACACUACUGUUGUUUUCCUACCGCGCUCUCUCUUUCUGUCGUUUUCAUAGCAGUCUUUUAAAUGAAUCAUUCCCGGUUGGAGAGAAGAAAGUGUUUAGCGUAAAAGAGAAAAAGUAUAUAAACCAAACGGAAAAAAAUAUAUUUAUAACAC